AUGGUUUCCAUAAAUAGCUCCAGCCCUUACUUAGCAAUGGCCGUCGUUCAGCUAGCUUACGCCGGAUCAAAUAUCCUCACCAAACUUGCCCUCGAUCGAGGACUUAAUCAGCUCGUUUUUGUCGUCUACCGACACCUAAUCGCCUUGGUCAUCUUGUCCCCUCUCGCUUAUGCGCUCGAGAGGAAACAGAGACCGGCGAUCGGAGCUUCCGCAAUGGCUAGGAUUUUCGUUCUUUCGUUCUUCGGAGUCACUGUCCAUUUGAAUCUCUACUACGCAGGCAUGAACUACACUUCUCCGACAGUAGCAACUGCCUUGAGCAACAUCAUUCCGGCGCUGACAAUUGUCGUCGCGGCCCUCCUUAGAAUGGAAGAGGUGAAGCUCGGCAGCACCAGCGGGAAGGCAAAAGUUGUAGGCGCAGUCGCGUGCAUCGCCGGAUCGCUCAUUUUCACUUUCUGGAAAGGCGAAAGCGUAUUCGAAGGCUCGUCUGUAGUUACAUUAGCAUUAGGCCGAGAUGAUCGACACGAAAAUUGGGUGAAAGGAUCAAUCUUGAUCAUAGUAAGCUUCGUCGCAUGGAGUGUGUGGCUGAUCCUCAUGUCGGGGGCUUAUAAGAUUUACCCGGCUCGACUAUCUCUAACGGUGCUUAUAUGCUUGUUUGGAACACUUCAAUCGUCGUUUCUGUCGAUAUUCUGGGCUAGAGAUUUUGAUCUGUGGAAAAUAGGGUGGAAUAUGCAGCUCUGGACUGUACUAUACUGUGGGAUCAUGGUCUCGGCGUUGGUUUACUACUUGCAGACAUGGUGUAUCAGCAAGAAGGGGCCGGUUUUCGCGGCAAUGUUUAGCCCGUUGCUGGUUGUUAUCGUCGGAUUGUUUUCGGUCGUUGUUUUCGGAGAGAGGCUUCACUUGGGGAGCUUGUUAGGAGCUGUUGUUAUCGUGUCGGGACUAUACUGCGUGCUAUGGGGAAAAAGGAACGAUGAAGAGAUGAAGAAGGAGACUGCAGCUCCAACAGAUAUUAGCCAUGGCAGAGAUGAUGAGGAGAAGACAAUAGACAAUUUUUCAGAACAUGUAUAGUUAGCUAUUGUCUAAUCUCUAGCUGUAUUCAAUAUUUCAUGUUGAAACUAAGCAAAUCAAGAAUUCAAGAAAUUAUCGAUACCCUUACAAGAAAACAGAUCAAUCGCCAUAGAUAAACAGAGAUUAAGUAUCACACAAAUCUAUUCAUACAAUGAAUGAAGAACAAAAAUAAGUAUAUGACAA